AUACCAAAUAAAUGGAUACAAAAAGCAGUACCAACUAGACGUACAUAUGUUGGAUACUGCAAAUAAUUUAUUAAAUUUAGUGAAUUAUAAAACAUUAGAACUAUAAUAUAUCUUAAAUGGGUGGCGCUAGAGCUCGUGGUCGUGGGCGAGGCCGAGGACGUGGUAGAGGCAAGAAGAAAGAGACACUUGAUGGCGCUGGAGCAACUCUAGCUACCACCAGUGCAUUGGAGGAUACAGAAAGCUCGAAUCAACUGCCAGAUGCCGUUGAAGAUGUGACUAUGCAAGAUGUUGGUAAGGAGAAUGAUGCUGAAUUACAAACACAGCAGCCUGCACAAACACAAAGCGAAGAAGUGCCAACGACAAUAGUGACUGUUGCGGUGGCACCACCACCUAUUAUAGCUAGUGGAGUUGAAGAGUCAAUACAGCAACCAACAGUUUUGCCACAAACUAUUGACAUGGAAGCCGAUAUCUCACAACUGGAAGCGCCCACAUUCACCACCAUUUCACGCGGACCUCCCGAGCCUAUGUUGCGACUCAAGUGGGAUCACAAAGUGAAUUUGAUUGGCGAAAAAGUGCUAAAUCCCAUGAUACAUUGUUGUGAUCAAUGCGACAAACCCAUUUUAUUGUAUGGCCGCAUGAUACCCUGCAAGCACGUAUUCUGUUUGAAAUGUGCGCGUUCGGAACCCGUCAAAAUUUGUCCGCGCUGCAAUGAUAAAGUGCUCCGUGUAGAACAAUCUGGUUUGGGUACAGUUUUUAUGUGUACACAUGGCGGCAGCCGUUAUGGCAAUACCGGCUGCCGACGCACUUACCUUUCGCAGCGUGAUCUACAAGCACACAUUAACCAUAGGCAUAUUACUCAACUGCCGGUGUUGUCACAGCCACAGCCACAAAUAACGGCUGGUGCCAUAAGUGGAGGUGGUAGUGAAUUGAAGUCGUCCGAUGUGAAUAUGGAAGCUGUAUUCAAGAGCGUUAGCGGCAAUGUACAACGAAAACUUUCCGAGUCGUCCGCUACUGCAACUACCAUACAAACGCCAUCUGCUUUGCUAACACAACGACGCGCUACUACCAUCGGCAAUAUACCGCCACCAGGUUCUGUUAGUUCCACAUCUACACAAGGUUCAACUCACUCGUCGCAUUCCUCGCUAACGCAAGCCAAUAUCGCACGUAUUAAUACGGCCAAUGAACAAAAUUGCCAUCAAGGCAAAGUGGCGCUACAUCAAACGCUGAAGAAGACCCCAAUAACGCAAUCGCAUCAUCAACCACCCGAAAGUGUGGCCGACGCGUCUUAUUAUAGCAGCGUACUAAAUUCAUUUGGCAGCAACGAUGUGGUGGAACAAACUACCGGUGGUAGUGGCAAUAUAACUUCGACUUCACAACCCGGUGGCACGACAACGCAAAGUGCAUGGCAAUCAAAUCAGUACUAUAGAUGAAUGUCAAAUUUGAAAAGCGCGAAAUGAGGUUGAAGCUGACGGUGGAACAUCGCCUUAGUUGUAGUGUAAGAAUUAUAAAUAAAACGCAAGGUAAUCACCGUCAUAUUGGAUAUGGCAAUCUUUUCCUAUUGAUAUAAUAUUUUGAAAGCUGUAAAGAAACACAUUAGAGCGUCCACUGGCACUUCAUCUCACACCUUCCACGCUCUAAUUUAAUAUAUUUAAGUAUAAAACUGGUUGAUAAAAAAACUUGCAUACUUCAAAGACUAAAUAAAUUUCAGCAAUAACUUUAAGUGUCCGUUGGCCGAACUUUUAAUAUUUAAUAAUGCACCGGUAGACUUUUUCAAAUAUAUAUUACAAUUAAAAUCGGAAUACUUAUUAAAUUGUAUGUGUAGUGUCCAUCUGUGUGUGUGUGUGUGUGUGUUCAUUAAAAAUGCGUUUAUGGAAGCAGGAAAACAUGGAAAAUGUAGUUGUGUCAAAAACAAUUUUUCUGCACAAUUCGUAAUUCUCUAAAUACACUAUUAUGAUUCAUUGAAAACGUUCGGGUUCUAAAAUGUAACAAAUUGUACAUUUCGCUGCGCUUUCACAAUCGAGGCGUGUUACAACACUUAACUGUGGUUUAUUGUUCAGCAAUAACUUACUAAAAUUUACUUUUUCUAACAUUUAAUCCAUUUGUUCAAUAAGAAACAGCCAAAAAUUUAGGACUUUCAAGUAAUUGAAAACAAAAAAAAUUCUAAUAUCGAUACACCCGUAACUCCCUAAGCAUGUGUAUGAGCAAAAUAUGGAGCGUUUGCAAAGAAUUUUUGGGCUUUCUGUUUUACUUUCAAACACCAUUUUAGUUUCCAUUAAAAAGUAUUA